AUGUUGUUAAUUAUUUUUUCUCUUAUCUGUCUCAGUCAAUCAUUAUUCGCUGUUGAAUUGUUCAUCUACAAAAGUUUUACUGAAGUUCGUCAAGUUUCCAAUGGAGUCGGUGAAUACUCGUAUCAAUUUACAAAUGCUGAUUAUGGCAAUGUUAUUGAUGGAUCGAUCAGUUGGGAAGGUACACCAUUAGCUCGCCAAGAAGUCUACAAUACAGUUCAAUCACUCCAAGAUGCCAAAGUAACAGUACGAAGAUCUACAGUGUGCGCAUGUGAAACGAUUGAAGCGAAAAUUGUUGAUCCCCAGUCAAUGCUCCUCCAAAAUUUGAAAACAGGAGCAUAUUUUUAUGCUGAUAAAGAUUCAAUUGAAUAUACAUCAGUGCGACCAAACGAAGGUUCAACAACAUUAUCACUUCAAUUUCAAACUGGAACAACAGAACGCAAAGGAACAUUGUCCUAUUUAAUGAGAGGAAUCACAUGGACACCUAGUUAUGACCUGUUAUUGACAGGCAACAAUGAUUACAAACUUCGUGCCUAUGCAAAUAUUAAGAAUGGUCAACAACGAGACUAUACAGUAGACAUGACUCAUCUCUUAGGUGGUGAUGUGCAAUUAGCUACCGAUUCUCCAAGACCUAUUCAUCAUGGAUUUGAGGUUGAUAGAUUGCCUAUGAAUUUGAAACCAAUUCAACCUACUGGUGAACAAAGUGGUCUGUAUUCGUAUAUACUGAAUGACAAAUAUACACUUCGUCCAAUGAGUUCCAUUCGUUUACCAUUCAUUGAUAUUGCUGCCAAAUAUCAAUUCUAUUACAAAACAUUGACAAGCAUCAACACAGGAAUGUAUCAAGGUACCUUUGCAAGAACUUAUGAUAUCACACCUGAUCAUUUCAUGCCCGCUGGUAUUAUCACUGUUCGUGACAACCAAGUACUUGUUGGUCAAGCUAGUUUGCCAGAUGUUCCAGAAAAUUACACACAAACGUUUACUGUUGGUCAAGAUAAUGAUGUUCGCUAUUUGAUAAAAGGCAAUCUAACAUCCAAGACUGAUGACAAUGCAACAGUAGCAUUGGAGACAUAUGAAGUAGAUGUCCAAGUUAGAAACUUUAAGAACAAAAAUGUCAACACUCAACUUGUUCUCCAAGGAGGUGUUCAAAUAAUGCUUCUUGAUACAACAUGUCAGACUGCUAAUGUCCAAGGAAACCAACUCACCAUACCAGUCCAACUCGAACAAGGCGAGAAUCGUCAAUGCAAGUUUCAUGUUACAGUGAGAUUGAAUUAA